AUGUCGACUAAUUAUGAAGCCUUUCAUCAAGCGUUGAAGUCAGCCAAACAUAUUGCCACGUUAUGUGGAGCAGGGCUUUCUGCAGAAAGCGGAAUUCCGACGUUUCGAGGAGAAGGUGGCUGGUGGAGAAAUUACAAAGCAACCGAGCUUGCAACUUUAAGUGCAUUUAAACGCAAUCCGUCGCGAAUUUGGGAAUUUUAUAAUUAUCGUCGAGGAUUAGUAUUACAAAAAACAGCGAAUAAGGCACAUAAGGCUUUGGUGGAUUUUGAAAACAAAAUACUUUCUCAAAAACCACAAACUCAAACAUUUACCGUUAUAACACAAAAUGUUGAUGGCAUAUCAUCAAACCUGAAGAAUUACAUUGAAAUGCACGGAAAUCUAUUUAGAACUCGUUGUAUGCAAUGUGGUGAUAUUGAAGAAAAUCGCGAUUUCCCAAUCUGUGAGGGAUUAAAAGGAACCGAAAAUUCCAAGUUUGACAUCGAUCUUCCCAUCGAAAAACUUCCUGCUUGUACAAAAUGUAAAGGAUUGUUAAGACCCGAUGUGGUCUGGUUUAAUGAGCUAUUGGAUCCAAAGAUUACGAGCAAGAUUCAAGUCGAGCUAGACAGGUGUGAUUUACUGUUGGUUAUCGGAACUAGUGGUUUCGUGUACCCUGCAGCUGGAUAUUCCGAGUAUGUUAGAUCGCGUGGUGGAAAAAUUGCGAUUUUUAACAUUGAAAAUACCGGAAACGCCGACUUCAAAUUCAUUGGUCCUUGCGGGGAAACCUUGCCACAAGCUCUACAAGUUUGA